AUGGCACUGCUGGUUCUGUGGCGGCGGUGGACUCUUUGCUUGGGGCGUUGGUCCGGAUCCGGGUAUCUAUCCUCCCCCACCGGAUCCUCCUAUCACGAAUUGGCCAACGAUUACCAUCGGCUCAGACAUGCUUCCAACUCCUGA